AUGUCACUAGUCCAUAUUAAUAUCUUCCUAGCAUUCACAGUAUCCCUCGUAGGCCUACUAAUGUACCGAUCCCACCUAAUAUCCUCACUCCUAUGCCUAGAAGGAAUAAUACUAUCACUAUUCGUCAUAGCAACCAUAAUAGUCCUAAACACCCACUUCACACUAGCUAGUAUAAUACCUAUCAUCUUACUAGUAUUUGCUGCCUGCGAACGAGCUCUAGGAUUAUCCCUACUAGUCAUAGUCUCCAAUACUUAUGGAGUAGACCACGUACAAAACCUUAACCUCCUCCAAUGCUAA